GGGCAUGCGCACUGAGUGAAAGGUCACGUGCCCAGCGGUCAUGCUGUGUCCAAUAUCGACACUUUAAGGUGUUUUUACCGUCCCGUCGCCCCAGAAUAAAGCCCGGGAGCGUCUCAGACGCAACAGGACCGUCUUCCGUCGACACCGGCUUCUUUAGAAAGAGUCUGAAACGUUCCUCCGGUUUGUUUAGAGGCUCGGGAACUAUCGCGAGACGGAUACAGUUUGACGUCCUCGCGCUCCGACAGUAAAGCAGAUUGUUGAUCAGAAUGAUGUAAUCUGGGAGAAUUAACCCGAGAUUCUCCACCGAACCUGAAGCGGGAUUAUUACAUGACAACGAGGAUGGAGAACGCCACCGGCAGCCCGCCAUCCAGGCCGCUGGCCGCGCCGGACAGGAGCGGGGUCAGACCCGCCGCCUCUCCGGAUCUUCACUCAGACUCACCCCCCAAGCACAAGGAGCGCCCGUCUAAGUCGCCAAGGAGACGGCGGGAGGGGAAGCGGUCGCAGCGGAGGGGGGGUGGUCACGAACAGCUGCUGUGGGAGAUGGAGCGGCGGAGGUUGCCAGGCCAACAGGAGCACGCUGAAGCCUCCGCUCCGUCGUGCGACGCAGCGGAAAGUUCCCCCCGGAGAAGAGCCCACUUCCUGCAUGGACCGUACCCGGCCACUCACUUCGGACCCAAAGCCUGCAUUCUUCCCAACCCCACGUCUGUGAUGCACAUCCAGGACCCGGCGAGCCAGAGGCUCACCUGGAACAAACCUCCCGUCAACGUCCUGGUCAUCAGGAAGAUCCGAGACGAGAGCCUGGUGGAGCCCUUCAAGCAGCUCUGCAGGUUCCUGGUGGAGGAGAAGCAGAUGAUGGUGUACGUGGAGCGCAGGGUCGCAGACGACGCCACGCUGUCCAAAGACGAGGCCUUCGGGUCCAUCCGGAACCAGCUGUGCACCUUCAGAGAAGGAUACGACGACAUCUCCGACUGCAUCGACCUCAUCAUCUGCCUGGGCGGCGACGGGACUUUGCUCUACGCCUCGUCCCUCUUCCAGGGCAGCGUCCCGCCCGUCAUGGCGUUCCACCUCGGCUCUCUGGGUUUUCUGACGCCCUUCAAGUUUGAUUCCUACAAGAGCGAAGUGGCCAAAGUGUUUGAAGGUAACGCGGCCAUCACUCUGCGCAGCCGGCUCAAGGUGAAGGUGGUGAAGGACAUGCUGCAGAGCGCAGAGCCGCCGCCGCCGCCGCCACCACAGGAGCACAACGGACUCCUCCCUCACGGACACACCAACAGCGAGGCGGGAAAGGUGACCCUGCAGCUGCAGGUGCUGAACGAGGUGGUGGUGGACCGAGGGCCGUCCUCUUACCUGUCCAACGUGGAUUUGUACCUUGACGGACGCCUCAUCACGUCCGUGCAGGGCGACGGCCUGAUCGUGUCCACGCCCACGGGGAGCACGGCGUACGCCGCCGCCGCAGGAGCGUCCAUGAUCCACCCCAACGUCCCCGCCAUCAUGGUCACGCCCAUCUGCCCCCACUCGCUGUCCUUCAGGCCCAUCGUGGUGCCGGCGGGGGUGGAGCUUAUGAUCACGCUCUCUCCCGACGCUCGAAACACGGCCUGGGUCUCCUUUGACGGCCGGAGGCGGCAGGAGAUCCAGCACGGAGACUGCAUCAAGAUCACCACGUCGUGUUACCCCGUCCCGUCCAUCUGCUGCCACGACCUGGUGUACGACUGGUUCGAGAGCCUGGCGCAGUGUCUGCACUGGAACGUGCGGAAGCGGCAGGCCCGGCUGGCGGACAUCUCCGACUCCUCCGACACGGAGAGCUGAAGGUCCUCCUGCAGGAGCGGGAGGGAGGCGGGACUCCACGCCAUCGCCACAUUCCACCGCAGCGCCAUCUUCAGCUUUAGGAGAAAAGUUCUAGCAUUCCAACAAACUACACGUGAAUGUUCUGUAAGUGUCAGGAGAAGCUCCGCCUCCAAACUGUAAAUGUGUACAUACAGCAGAGGAAUAAGGAGGUGAUAUUUAUGUAUUGGCAGAUGUUAGCUGUAGAAUCUGGAUGUUAGAACCGGGUCGGUCGAAGCAGCAAAAAUAAAACUGGUGGUUCCUGCGGGACAAACGG